CAACAAUUUAUUUUAUUGAUUUCCUAUGACCUGCUUAUUUAUUUAAUCAUUAUGAGUUCAGGUGGCAACGGCUUGAAACAGAAAGUGCCAUUAAUGUGGAAUUAGCUUCGGAUUUCUGUAAAUUUUGCGAGUUUGAUCGAUUUGUAAUUUGUGAAAUAAGAAAAGCGAAAGUAGGAAAUAAGGAGAAAUCAUCAAAAUGCAGUCACGAUCGAGUAUGGAAGAAGUCGAUCUUUUGGAAACAACAGGCCCAGUUGGUUCAAAUUUCAAAAAGAUCUUUGACAGACAUGGCCCUGAAGGAGUUCCACUACGAGAUUUACGAACAGAACUGGAAGAGGAAGGAAUUGCUGACCAUAUUUCAGAACAGCGUCUUCAAUACAUCCUGAAACAAGCUGAUAAAAACAGAGAUGCUCAUAUUACUUAUCCAGAAUUCGUUAGAUUGAUGACCAGUGAUGAGAGCGGGGUGUCGAAGUCAGAACGAUCUAAAUUCCAGAAAGUGAUGAGUGCUGCCAUUGAUAAUAUUGUUCCUAAAUCAAUGAAACAAGAUUUUAUAGCUAACUACAACUGUAGACCUCCACCAUUGUUUAUACCUAUUAUUAGUAUUACUGAGGUGAUAAUAUUUAUAGUAUAUGCUGUAGAACUACAAGAAAAAGGUAUAGAAACAACUGCUACAUCUGGUGUAGCCAUGUACAGUCCUUUAGUUUACCGACCAACAAGACGUUAUGAAGCUUGGAGAUUCUUAACCUAUAUGUUUAUGCAUCAGGGAUAUCUACAUAUAGUAUCGAACAUGUUAUUUCAACUGGUAUUUGGUAUUCCAUUAGAGUUUGUUCAUAAAUUCUGGAGAGUCAUGACUGUAUAUUUACUCGGUGUUAUCGCAGGAUCUCUUGCCCACUCUAUGACAGAUCAUGCUGUAUCAUUAGUAGGAGCCAGUGGAGGAGUCUAUGCUCUAUUAGGGGCUCACGUAGCUGCCAUCAUUACAAAUUGGAAGGAAAUGAACUAUCAAUGUUGUGGUGGAAGUAUAAAACGUAUUUUAUUAAGUGCUCCAGUCAGACUCAUGGUUAUUCUUAUGUUAGUGGUACCAGAUACGAGUAUAGCUAUUUACAGAAGAAUUACUGCCCCUGAUGAAUUUAAAGUAGGAGUCACUGCUCAUAUUGGAGGAUUUUUAUGUGGCUUGUUGCUAGGAGUACCUGUAUUAAAAAAUAUAAAAAUGUUACCAUGGGAACGAACUCUAGGAUGGGUGACCUUAGCUAUAUAUCUAGCCUUUGUAGCUAUAGCAGUUUUAUUUAAUGGUUUCUAUGACGGCUAUCCAGCGACAGAUUGGAGUUAA